UCCAGCACUGUGUGUCUGUGUUGAAUCACGCAUCGUUGGGGGAGCAGUCUGCAGCUGUGCUCCGCGAAUAGUUCGACAAUAUUCACCUUUGCCAGCCAGGGCACAAGCAGAUGGCACCCCUGUUGAAGCUUGUGUGUUAUAUGGCCCUGGUGGCUGUGGCGGUGGCACCUCCCCCGCACCGCCAGCCACAGCCGCCACCAGUAGCUGAGGAGGACAUCAACAUUAACUCUGAGACAAUGGGCUUGGAGUAUAAAAAUUAUUUGGAGGAGAUUGUGAAGCUGUUAGAGCAAGACUCGAAGUUCAAGACGAUUCUGCAAAAUGCGACUGAUGAGGAUAUAAAGUCGGGCCAGGUGGCGGAGCAACUCCACGUGGUGGACCCUGCCAUCCGCUCCAAACUGGACGAGCUGAAGCGGAUCGAGUUGGGCCGGCUGCGGCAAAAGGCCACCGAGGCUUUCGAGCUCUCCAACGGCCUCGACCGCAACACCAUCAAGGAGCCGCACCACCUCGACCACCGCAACCCGCACACCUUCCGCGAGGAGGACCUGCGCCGGCUCAUCCAUAAGACGACCAAAGAUCUGGAGGACCUGGAUAGGCAGCGAAAGGAGGACUUUCAGAAGUACGAGAUGGAAAAGGAGUUCAAGUAUCAGGAGGAGCUGAAGGCCAUGGACGCGGAGCACAGGAAAGAGGCGGAAAAGAAGCACGAGGAAGAACAGAAGAAAAAGAAGGAACACCCAAAGUCUCAGGUCCACCACCCGCUGAGCGAGGACCAGCUGGAGGAGGUGUGGCAGGAGCAGGACCACAUGGAGAAGGAGGACUUCGACCCCGAGACCUUCUUCCGCAUGCACGACCUGGACGGUAACGAGGUGCUUGACCAGAUGGAGGUGAUGGCGCUGUUCAAGCGCGAGCUGGACAAGCUGUACAACGGCACCGAUUAUGACCCGCGCGAGCGCGAAGAGGAAAUGAACGAGAUGCGCGAGAGCACUUACGCCGAGGUGGACACGGACAAGGACGGCUUCAUCAGCCUGAAGGAGUUCAUGGCCAGUACGCAGCACGACGACUACCGGGCCGACCAGGGCUGGGAGGGCGUCAACGAGCGCGAGGUGUACGCCCGCCAGCAGUACGAGGCGUACGAGCGGCAGCGCAUGGCCGAGAUUCAGCGGCAGAUCAACAUGGGCAUGAUGCCGCCCCCGCACCAGGGCUACCAGCCGCCGCCCGGCUACGGUGGCCAGCCGGGCAUGGGCCAGCCGCCCCAGCAGCCGCCCAACUUUGUGCCCCCACAUGCGCCUAUCGAGAGUCUGCAACAACAGCAGCAACACCCAGCAAUCGCCCAGCAGCAGCAGCAGCAGCAGAUCUCGGGCCAACAAUAUCAGCAGCCACAGCAGAUUCCCAUCCAACAGCAAGUUCCCGUGCAGCAGCAGCAGUUCCAGCCGCCGCCCAUGCUGCAGCAGCAGCAGUUCCAGCCGCCACCCAUGCAGCAGCAGCAGUUCCAGCAGAUCCCCGUGCAGCAGCAGCAGAUUCCCGUGCAGCAACAACAGAUUCCCGUGCAGCAGCAGAUUCCCAUCCAGCAACAGCAGAUUCCCGUGCAGCAGCAGCAGAUUCCCGUGCAGCAGCAGGGUCAGAUCCCGGCGCAGAAGCAGCAGCAGCAGGCAGGCUCUUUGAAUCAGGUGCCGGUGCAGACCAAGCAGUAGAUGACAACGAAUUGAUAACUCGCGAAACCAAAUGCUCUUCGUUCGGACAAAUGGCGGCGGGCUUUGCCGGCGGUUACGGGCCAAUUUCUACUCUUCCAACUCACUCGGCGACAUUAAGGCGCGGCUUUUGCGUCGUUUGUAACUCGAUAUAUUUUAUUCGUUUUAUAUGGAGCUUGCACGAUGGGCAUCACGAUCGCUUGCACAUGUUCUCGUAGCUGCCGGUCGUGCCGUCGGUUAGCGGCGCUGCUCGACACAGCACUGAUAGAUCUAGGGGUGCACGAGCUGCAACGUCUUCGACGGCUGGUUGGAGGUACUGGUUGCUCAGCCAGACUCGAGCAGAGUCGAGCCUGUGAUAUGUUGGUAACUGAACGCAGUGGAGCCGAGUUAUAAGCUUACAAGGCAGAUUCUUCAAGUCAUCGGCGUUUCGUCACCGGUUUCAAUCGCUCCUUGGCGAAUGGAAAAUGGACGAGUUAAGGCAUCACACAGUUCGUCACGCAGUGAGGGAGCAGCACGACCAUAGAAAACCGUCUAUCAUGUGCGGCAUCAGUCGAAGGCACGAUCUCGCGCGGACUGUUUUUGUUUUCCGGCGCGAUGCCCCACCUGCCACCGGAAGGGCAGCAGUGCAGUGCCCACCCGAUACGCAGGUCGUUGAAACGGACAUGGCACGGGCCUGUGCGAGCGUUACAGCGUCACGGAACUCACCAUUUUCCAAUGUUAAAUUCUUCGCUCCCUGUUUCCAAGUUUGCGUAGUCGAGGUGGAUGAGGGAAACUGAAUGCCUUCGCUGAAUGUGACCUAAAUUCGCCGAGCGCGCCAGAAGCCGGCCACGAAGUCUGUGCGGUGAGCAGUCGUGUUCGCCGUCGUGUUGGGGACGGUCAUUGUCCACAGUCCCGUCUUAGAGCUUUGCAGAAAUUCUACGAACUCGAAUUGUCAGAAAACUUUUGCUUAAGUCUCAUCCUUGCCAAAUGUGUGUCAAUAAAUUACUUGUGUCGUC